AUGUCCUCACAGCUCAGAGUUGGUCAUAUCUAUAAUCCUCCCACAGCUGAGAAGGAAGCGACCAUAUUUGAUUGGUUUAGCCGCUCGCAUCACUUACUAGUUGAAACCCUCGAGGGGUCUUUCCUCAAGGUGGCUCACGUCCUACCUUGGCAAGUGAACGCGUCCGCCGUGGACAUAGAGAAGGCUUAUGAAUCUGUCUAUAUGGAUAUGCGCCAGCAAGCCGAUGUAACUUCGUUCACCAUCCCACACGGCUGGAAGCAACUCUGGGUAUAUACAGACAACGAUCUCAUAACAAGGCCUGUCAUUCAAAAAGACAUGGAGCCAGGGCACAACAUCGCCCUCAUUGAUCAUCGCUCCUCUGUCAACGGCUCUCAAUUCAGUGACUUUCAAAGCCAGGUUGACACUGGGUUUGAUGGAGCAUUUUUGGAUAAUGAUUUCAUGUCCGCCAUAAGUUCACUCAAGGGGCGAAUGGACAUGCGCAGAUACAUCAGUGUUCGGGAUUGGAUUCCCAACAUCUAA